AUUCGCACCCUCGGUCUGCCCCGCGCAGUCGGGCGCCGGAAACCCUCCAGGCCCCCGCCGGGCCCGAGGGAGCGGGGUGCGGCUGGAUCCCACAACACCAGGGCCCCAGGGAAAGACGGUGAGUGCAUUCGGUUUGCAGGAAAGGUCUCGCGUGUGUUACCUUGGGUGAGGAGAAGACAUGAUCGUAUUGUAACUAGGGGCCCCCAAGGACUCUGUCCCGCGUGCGAGCUGCCGCUGUGUUCAGUGGGCACUGAGACCCCUGAGAAGGCCUCCAAACCAACGUGGAGGCAGCAGGCAAGGGAAGCAGCCGAGAAAACGAAAGCGGACCGCGCCGGGCUGGAGCCGCUCUGGGGCGGCGGACCAGGGCACCGGCGAGCUGGCGGACGAGUUGGCUGCGGCCAUCCGGCCGCUGACUUCCGUCCCGGAACCGACUUCGCGCGACCACACCCGGCGAUGCAGAACUCUGUCAACUGACAUUCUGAGGCCCCGCCCCCGGAACUCCGGGCUGGAGGUCCCCGCCCCGGAACUUUGUGUCGCUGGCACUAAAUGCAGAGGUUCCUCUAGUUGUACACGGACGCAACUGUGAGGUGACCUAAACACUUCCGGCGCGGAAAAUGGCAGCCGCCGUUGUGGACUCACGUGUGAGUGCAGAGGACAAUCUGAAAAAGACCCCAAAGAAGAUGAUGAAAAUGGCAACCGGAGCCGUAGCGUCGGCGCUGGAAGAGGAGGGCACAGACACUUCCGAUAGCGAAGGUUCUACAGUAGGAGGAUCUAUAAUAGGAAGCUGUGGAUCAGAAUAUGACUACUUUCAUUCUGAUGAGGAAGCAAUAGAAGCUGACAAUGAGGGUGAUGCUGAGCCUCAUGACGAAGAAAAUGAAGAUGACGCAGAAUCAAAUAUUGGGACCAAUACGGGCUGGGCAGAUGCCAUGGCUAAAGUCCUCAACAAGAAAACUCCUGAAAGUAAACCUUCUAUUCUGGUCAAAAAUAAGAAGCUGGAAAAGGAAAAAGAAAAGUUAAAGCAAGAAAGACAAGAGAAAAUAAAACAGCGUGAUAAGAGGAUGGAGUGGGAAAUGAUGUGCAGAGUAAAGCCAGAUGUUGUCCAAGACAAGGAGACAGAGAGAAAUCUGCAGAGAAUUGCAACGAGGGGUGUGGUGCAAUUAUUUAAUGCUGUUCAGAAACAUCAAAAGAACGUUGAUGAGAAGGUUAAAGAAGCUGGAAGCUCUAUUAGAAAGCGAACUAAGUUGAUAUCAACUGUUUCCAAGAAAGAUUUUAUCAGUGUUUUGAGAGGAAUGGAUGAAAGUACAAAUGAGACUACCUCAAGCAAGAAGAAACCAAAAGUCAAACAGACUGAAGUGAAAUCAGAAGAGGGCCCAGGUUGGACGAUCCUACGUGAUGAUUUCAUGAUGGGAGCAUCUAUGAAAGACUGGGACAAGGAAAGUGAUGGGCGAGAUGACAGCAGACCAGAAUCUGCAAGUGACUCUGAUACAUAAAGCACCAUAGGAAAUAAAAUCAUCAUUUUAUUUUUUCUAGAAAAAUAUUUCAUCCCCUGAUAAUUGGGGAAUUAUAAGGAUACCCAAAGUCAAAAGACUUUUGCCUGAUUUAAUAUUUCCCCUUUUCAUGUACACUUUAUAUAUACUUUAUUAAAAUUAUAUUUUAAACACUGGUAUAAUUUUAAGCAUUGUUCCUCAGAACAUUUGUAAAAAGGAAAUAUUGCUGCUUGACCAGUGAGAUAAGCAUUUUGCCAGGAUCAUAUUGGUCCUGUCUAUUGGUGUGUUAUUUCAGUAUCACCAAUGUUUUCAGAAAUACAGUACCAAUUCAUAAUUAAACUCUUUCAAUUUAAUAAUUCUUUGCCUUCGAACUUCUAGACCCAACUAUGUAACUGUAGUUUUGGGGAAUGAUUGGUGUUUUUUGGUUUGUAUUGGGAAGUUAUUGAGAAAACCUAUAUAAUAAAAUUUAAAAUUAUA